GAGGAUUUGCAGCUGCCCCUUGGCGUUCGGUACUCUGCAUCUGCCAGCCCACCGCCGGCUGACCUCGGUGCCCGAAAACAGUGUCGGCCAGAUGUGGUGCCAGACGCCCGCUGCCACGACCCCGUGCGACGACGAGGUGGCCUGCAUGCCCAUCGGCAUGAUCUGCUACCCGAAGCUCGGGAGGGAGGCUCCCGGCGGCGGCGCCGACCGCCGCCUCUCAUGGCCCAGGGAGGUGGCGAAAGCUGGUGGCCCCGCCGCCUGGAACCGGCGGCCCGAGCUGGCUCCACUGGUGGAGAUGCUCGGCGGCAUGGCGGAUGUCAAGAGCGCGGACGACGCGCUCGCGAGGGUGAGAUCGAUGAUCCAGUUGGACCACCACCUCUGGGCGCACUUGUGGAUGAAGGCGCUGCACGCCAAGAGCCUGGACAUCUAUUACGAGACGAUCCUGAGGCAGCCGUCCCUGAUGCUGCCGGUCAUGUACACGCCAACGGUGGGGGAGGUGUGCCAGAAGUACGGGAUGCUGCCCUUCAGCAGGCGCGGUUGCUAUCUCUCUGUGGCCGACCGCGGGCGUGCCCGGGAGGUCCUGGACGAAUACGCGCGGGCGGAGUUGGAGCAUGUCGAGGGGCGGCCGGUCUGCGAUUGCAUCGUCUUCUCCGAUGGGGGCCGGAUCCUCGGCUUGGGCGACCUCGGCGCCUGGGGCAUGGGCAUUCCCGUGGGCAAGCUCGACCUCUACACGGUCUGCGGUGGGGUCAGCCCGCACCGCGUCAUUCCGCUCAUCAUCGACGCGGGCUGCGGUGAUUCUUCCAAGAACACGGACAAGCUGGAGAUCCGCGAGCACCCCCUGUACACGGGGCUGAAACAGGACCGCAACCUGGAGAAGUCCGCUGCCGGCACGAUGGUCAAUUCUUGCUACUACGGACAGGGAAACAUUAUCCAGGAACUCUUCGUGGCGGCCACCGACCUGUUCGGAGACACUUGCCUUUUGCAGUUCGAGGACUUCAACUCCAACGACGCAUUCCCGCUCCUCGCCGAGUAUCGGGAGAAGUAUUUGACUUACAACGACGACAUCCAGGGCACCGCGGCAGUAGCCGUUGCUGGUAUCAUGGGAGCUAUUAAGAUCAAACAUCCCGAUUGCGCUGACCUAAUCGGCGCGCUGAGGAAGGAGACGUUCCUCUUCUUCGGCGCGGGAUCCGCCAACAUUGGCGCCGCAAAUCUGCUCCUUAACGAGGGCGGAGUUGAGAAACACCGUGUGCUGAUCUGCGGUUCCAAGGGCCUCAUUUGGGUGUCCCAGGAUGGGUCUCAGGGCGUGUUCAAGAACGAGGAGCAGAAGGCCCUUGCGUACAAGGGCAAACCCAAGUUCGCGUGCGGGAGCCUCGUCGACGUGAUCCGCGCAGUGAAGCCUACAGUCUUGGUCGGUGCCGUGGGUGUCUCCCCGAACUGUUUCACCAAGGAGGUCGUCGACGGGAUGAUGAAGAGUGUCGGGAGCGGGGGGCGGCCCAUCAUUUUUGCUCUCUCGAACCCGAAGUCCCAAUCAGAGAUCACGGCAGUGGAUUGCUAUCGAUGGUCGAGCGGGGCUGCCAUCUUCGGAUCUGGGACCCACUUCGAUGCUGUCGAGGUCGGGGGGAAGAGGCAAUCGCCUGGGCAGGUAAAUAACGUGUAUAUUUUCCCUGGUAUGUCCUUCGGCGCCAUUUGCUGCCAAGCGAGGACCAUCCCAGAAAGGUUCUUUUUAGUGGCCGCAGAGGCAGUGGCGAACAGCCUGAGUCAGCAGGACUUCGACGAGGGCCGAGUAAUCCCUCAUCGGGACCAAGUGCAGCUUGUGAACCUCAAUGUCGCCACCGCCGUGGUACUGGAGGCGCAAAAGAUGUCCCUGGCGCGACGGGCGCUUGGCGCAGAUGCGGAUUCGGUGAGGGCCACGCUGGAGGGGAUGAUGUGGAAGCCAGACGCCAUGGCCUGGGGUGGUUGGUGGAGCGGGGCGUGGUCUUCCGACGGCGACUGGCGGUCCUCCGCCUGGGCCUCCGACAGCGGUUGGCGGAGCGCCUGGCGGUGGCCCUCCGCCUCGAGCAGCAGGGCCGCUGCCGCGGAGGCGGAGGCGGAGGCGCACGCCGCGGCUCCAUGGCGCGACGAGGGGGGGGGCCAUGGUGCAGCCGAGCGCGCCGGCCCCUCCCAGAGCGUUCCGCCGUGGGAAGCCAAGGGUUUCGCUUCGGCGAGGCACAAGCGGGGCGGCAAGAAUCGGGAGAGCAAGGUGAAGUGGCGGCUGAAGCACUGGUUCGGGGGCGUGCGCCAGGGGCUCCCAGAGCAGCCGGGCCCGCCGCUGCCAGAGGAGCCGCCCACGCCUGGACCGUCCGAGGCCGAGCAGUCCAUGGAGCUGGAGCUGGCGAGCCGCGCGCCGCCGCGCGCGGAGGAGCAGGGGCGGUUUCCCAUCGCUGGCCGAGCACUGCUUCUUUCCGCCAUCAACGAGCGGAUCGAGGUUCUCCUUGGGCGCCGCGCCCCCCCGAGGGGGCCCCCGACGCCGUUGCAGCCUUGCCCUUGGUCGCCUUUGGGCGUGCCCGACACCGCGGCCGACGACUUGCGCACUCUCCUGGUGUUCAGCACCUCUGAGCCGUGGAUCCACGGCGAGUCGGCCGCCCCGCAGCUUCUCCUCGGGCCCUGGUCGGAGUGCGGGGCGCCGCCGUCGCUCGAGCACGCGCCUCCGACGCCGUUGCUCGCGCUGCCGCCCGCCCCCGACGCUGGCCAGGAGAUGUCGACGGGGCCGCCUGGCGCUGUCGGCGGCCAAAUCCCCAUCGCGACGAUCGCGGCCCAGUCUGGUGCUGCCGCGCGCGCCGGGGCUGCUGCUUCGUCGUCAGGGCCGCCUGCUGCGGCGCCGCUCGUGGUGGAGGGCUCCGACGCGGAGGUGGGCGCGGAGGUGGGCAGUCCGGCGGGCCCGCCCGAGCCUGCGUCGAAGAGGCGCGUCGUCCGAGACAGCGCCGAGGCCGAGGCCUUCGCGUCGCUUGCGGCCGACUGGGAGACUGCGCACCAGAGAACGAGUGGCGCUGCAGCGCGCGCCGUUGCAGGACAGGCCCGCCGCAGAGCUGCCAGAGCCUUCGCGACCGCGGAGGUGCCGCGCGGGAGCCCAGGGGGGCCGCUCCACUUCGAGGAGGUGUCCAUCCACGUUGUGCUGCCUGUACCUGUGGUGGGCACGCCCGUGGGGUACUGUCGCAUGCAGGACGACCACCUGCAGCUCAAUGCAGGCGGCAAGUACCAGCGGCCGUGCGUUGUCGUGCAGGGGCUCUGGAAAACGGGGACGCACGCCCUCCACAGUUACAUGGGGCGGCACUUCGACGUCGAGGUGCGCAAGAGCAGGUGGGACGGGUGCGUCUCCUUCAACGGCCGCCACGUGUGGAAGCACGACCUGCUCCUCACGCCGUUGGAGUUUCCGCCAGAGGAUGAGCAGGGCCGCCCAGUGGUGGUUCUGGUGUGCACGCGCGAGCCGACCAGGUGGAUCAGGGCGAUGUCGAAGGGCGCCUACGAACUGAUGCCGAACUCUGCCAGCGGCACGAAGCGGGUUCGGAGGAUGGGGGGCGUGAGUUGGCUCUUGCGGGGGCCGAGAGACGAACCUGUGCACGUCCGCUGGCCCGCCUGGGCGAAAGGCCGCGUCGAUUACGAUCCAGAGUUCGAGGAUGCGUUCGACUUGUGGUGCCACUACAUGGCCGCAGUGCUCCACGGUACUGGCGUGGGCAGCCCGGCGUCUCCAACCCAUCGCGUCCUCGUCGCGCGGCACGAGGACCUCGUGUGCAGGCCCGAACUCGUGCUGAAUGAGCUCGUCAGGGCUGGCCUGCAAACCAAGGGGUUGCCGUUUCAUCCAGAGCGCAGGCUUCUGGGGGGCCACCACGCCGACAAGGGGCGGGCGGUGGAGGCGCUGAGGGAGGAGGUGCAAACGCCAGUGACCCUGGACGAUCAGAUGGUCGAUUGCAUGGUGUCGAGGGCUCAACGGUACAAAGGCUUGUUUGCCACUUGCUGGUACCCGCCCGCCGACGGCAAACUUCCAGUCGACCACGUGAGCGUCGAGGAUGUUUAUAAAGUUUGCGGCAGGCGCGGCCUGGUGCCUCUGGGCGCGGCUGCCGCUGCAGCUCGUCGGGCUAGGGGCGAUGCGCGGCUCCAGCUGGACAUGGAGCUGCAGGCGCAGAUGGCCACGCACAAGUUGGACAAUGCCAAGCGACAGGUGGACGUGAUGGGGGAGGGGCAGGAAGCGCCUGGGACAGAACACAAUUGGUUGGUUAUGCAUCUGCAGUGGGGCGAAACCAAGUUCACUGUGCAGCUGAACGACGGCAAGCCUCCUUGUGGGCAGCAAGUGAUGACACAGCACGGCGUGUUGCAUUGGGAAGACGAGGACCUCCGCGUCCACAGCCAAGAGCUUAUCUUCCCACCGUCCGUGCUGGAAUCUGCAACCGCCGACUGCAUGCUCGGAGGCCUCGCGCGGGCGUUGCGCGUGGAUAUGGAUGAGCUCUGGCCGUCGGCGCUGCUGGCGUGCUUGUCCCCGAGCGUCGAUUCUGUGGCCGCAAACGGGCUGGUGUGCAAAUAUUUGCUGCAGACGUUGCCCUGGUGGGUCCUCCUGUUGCCUUCUUUUUGUUUGCAGCAUCAAACCGCAAUAUGUUUGCAGUCGGUCGGGGACAUGACGGGGGUCGUCGGCGGCAUGUUUUCCACUGUCAGACACUUGCAAACAGGGGUCAACUUGCGGGCCCUCGAGACAGCUCUGCGGCAAAUCCUGUCGGACGAGGAGGCUGGUCUGGAGGUGCGGCGGGGCGCGCCGAAUCCAGCGGGCAGGGGGAAGCUCGACGCGCUGCUCGGGUAUUGCGACCGCCAGAUGGAUGAGGACGUGGAGGACGAGGAGGUGACAGCGGCGCGCGGCCAACGUAGAGGCCUCACCAAGCCAGAGGUCGACUUGAUCAAGGAGAUGUUCACCGGCGACAUGUCUCAAGAGAGGCCUGUGCACCAUUGCAGGGGCCGCGACUGCUGCGCGAACAGGCAGGAGUCUGUCGACAGAGCGGUGGCGGCGGUGAUGGUUCCUUUGCGCAGGCGUUUGGCAGUGCCCGCGUUGAACCGCUGGAACACUGUGCAUCCCACCGCGUGCGUCAUGCUGCUGUUGAUCUCCUUGCAUGGAUUGCUGCCGUGUGCGCUCGAGAAGACGUGCGGCGCUGCUGCGCGCGCCAUGCGGCGGGAAGAUGGCGGCCUCGAGAGCGGCAGCGGCGCAGCGGGCCUGGGGGAUUUCAGGCGUGAACAGCGUGUUCGCACCGUCAAGAUGAUGAGGUUUCUCUCCGAUCUACUUGCGCGGCAACGGCUGGUCCUGUGGGUGGCCGUGGCCGCCGUGGGGGUGCGAUUUCAUUACGCAUGUUUCAAACGUGGGUCUUUGCAUGGCUGGCUCGACCCCAAGGGGUCUGCGCUGUCGUCAUUCUGCAAGAGCGUCGUCUUUGACACGCUCGCUCAGCUGAGCUCAGCCUUUGACCCCGCUGCAGCUGGACAUUACGAUUUGUGGAGAUUGCCGCUUGCCCUGCACGGCCCCCUCGCGUCCUGGCCCGGCGAGGUCCUCCGCGAAGCAGACGCCAUCGUCCACGUAUUCACUGGGUCCUUUUAUCGUCGUUUCGACAUUCGUUUGAGCGGUUACCCAUGGAGGCUCAUGCGGCUCGUGGACGCCUCCCUGGACAUGGGGGCCCGCCGCGCAGAAGGCGAAGAACUCUUUCGGGCAAACGAGUGUUGCCUGGACUCGGGGUUCUCCUUGAGGCUGAGGAAGAUGUGCACCACGGGCGUUGACGACCUUUUCCUGCCAGAGGUGCAGCGCUUUCUCUCCGCAUGCUUUAGGUUGUUCGCUGUCACGAAGAGGGGCGGAGAAGACCCGAGGGAGUACGAGCGGCGUCUGUAUCUACAGGCGGCCGCGGACUGGCGGGCUGCAUCCGAGGCCGAGAGGCGAAGCUGGAGAGAGGCGGCUCGGCGCGCGAACAAGGCUGAGAGGAUGAAGCCAGACCCGCUGCACGAGUAUUUGCGCAUCUGUCGCGACCACGUUGACCAGUCGGACGAAGCUGCUUGGCCUUGGGGUCUCGGCUCAGACGUGUUCCCCUUGUCCGAGGACCUUGUCUCCGCAGCCGUGCAAGCACAUGUCGAUGCGAAGCUGAAGAGGGGAUCCUUCGUGGAAGCCACGGCCGUGUCGUUUGACGAAAUGUACAAUGCUGCUGUGGCGCCUCCAGGACUCAUUCGCUGCGGCCUCCCAACUGAGCGGCCUUGCUGCACGCGCGCGGCAGAAUGCCUUGGCGGCGUCGCCGACUUGCGGGGGGAGUACCAAGGCGUAGUGGAAGAUUUGCGGUUGUUGGUGGCCCCUGCGAGGUGCAAGACUGUCGGGAAGAUGCUGGCCCCCCAAGUUUCAGGGCCUGGAGGCUGUGUGAUGAUUCGCAACUUCUCGCACUUGAAAAGUCCUAUUUUCACGGGGGAGUUCUGCGAGUGCGACGCGGUGGGGCAGCCAUGCGGGCUCGGCGCGGCGCCCCCCGAGGUGCCAUUCUCUCUGCGCCGGUGUUGGGUGGAGAGGAAGGGCCGCAGAGUGUUGAAGAUGAUGACUGAGAUCGACGUCGCCCUCCACAUCUUACGCGUGUGCGGGCGCGACCGGGCUGAGCUGCGCUGGGUCGAACUUCUUGCGCGCCCGCGCAUGGGUUGCUCAGAGCUGCAGCAUUCGGUCGAUUGGGCGGAGGAGCGGGACUUACACGAGGCACGCCUCCACGAGAAGGACGUUGACCUGGCGACGGGCUGGUUCCAGGCGUUCGCCGACUCCCGCCCUGGCGGGGCUUCCGCCGACGGGGGGGGCAGCGGCGCGCGUGGCGGGGAUGAGGAGCCUGACUACGCGAAGGAUUGGAAGGCCGCUUGGGGGGCCGCCGCCGCCUGGCGGCAGAGAGGUCGCGGGGCGCAGGGUGCAGCAGAAGGCGCGCCUGCGGAGGCGCCUCCCGCAGCAGCGCCGGACGCCGCUCUGGCGCACGGGCCGCUGGGCGGCCACGCCGCGGCGGCGGCGCCGCCGCCGCCCCCCGCGGGCGCGCCGAGGCGCCCGCGCGUCGCCCGAUACCCGCAGCUCCCACAUCCCGCUGGGGCUGGCCGUCCUCACUACAUUCGCCUUGUCGAGAACGAGGCCCUCGCCGUCUACGACAUGCGCGCCGUCUGUGGCCUCCAUCCAGGCUGUUCAUGGAACCAGCAAUCGAGGGUCAGACCAUUGGCCGCUUUGUGGUGGUGGUUGGGGGAGGCCCCUGGAUGCGGGAGCAAGGCAGACCAUAAACAAAAGGUGCCCACGCCAGCGCAGAUCGCCGCUGCUCGCGCGGUCCUCGAGGGCAUGCCCGAGAGCCAGCCUUGGAGGGACUCGGAGGAGAGCGCCUCGCUGCCCGCCGCCGCGCCCGCCCCCUCGCUCCCCGCGAUGUCCCGCGCGGAGACGGUGAAGGCAUCGCCUUCCGACACCGACGGGGAGACGGAGAAAGCGCCGCCCCUGGCCUCGGGGUUGCGGCGGGGCCGCAUGCUGCACGGCCUCGAGGUCGCCCUCGUGGUGGUUGGCCAGUGGGCUGGCUAUCUGGUGAAACCUUUCAACAAGAAGGAUGGUUCCAGCUUCACGCGCGGUCUCUGCGCCCACGAGAGCACGGACCCGAGCCCGUAUCCCCAGGCGAGUAACGAGGACGAGUUCGGCGGAUACUGGCCGUGGAAGUACCGCACCGACCAUGGCAGCAUGAUCCGCCAGGCCACGGGCUAUUUGUGCCUGGUUUGCAAGGCCCUGUUGCGCAAGAAGGCGGUGCUCUUGGACCCCCACUUGCCUGGCGGCGAGAAGAAGCCGCUGAAGGAGUACAUCAAGUGGGUGCGCCAGGAUGCGGGCCGGGCGCAGACCGUGCGGCUCAAGGUGGAUGCGUGCGUCCAGAGCCAGGCGGGGAAGGACCCAGAGAAGCGCCGCCGCAUGUCCAGGCAGGCCGCGGGAGACAUCCAGCAGGCUCGCCAGGUAUCUUCCGUCAAGGUCUCCGGGCGUCGCCUGUCUGCGAACUGGCAUCAAGCCUGCCCCGUGAGCAAGUGGCACGAGGCUUUCCCUGAGACGCCGCUGUCCACGGACCCGAAUUGUCGCGGCGAGGAGCUCAUCGACGGCGCCUGGCAGGAGGUUGUAUAUGUCAUGAAGGACGGCGCGAAGAAGUUCUUGUACGACAUCGCGGACUACGACGAUCGCAAGGUGGAGGACAGGACGGUUCCGGCUGCUGCCGAGGACGCCGCCGCCCCAAUUGCAGCCCUGCGGCGCGCCACGCAGCGCGCGGAGAUCGGUGCGGCAGAGAGCGCGCCGUCGGAGGGGCACCAGUCCGACUCUCCCGCGAGCGACGAGGACGCCGAAGAGACGGAUCUCGUGGCCGCGGCGCUGCCGGGCCUGCGGGGCACGGCCCGCGCCGCCAAGCCCGCGCCCAAGGCUGCGACCAAGCCGCAGGCCAGACCACCAGCCCAGACGACCGGGAGGGCUACGUCCGGGCGCGCUGCCCAGACAGCCGAGAGGCCUGCCGCCGAAGGGGUUGCCGCGCCCGCAGCCGCAGCCCCUUCGAACUGCGCCGCGCCCUCGGCGCAGGCGCCGCCACAGAGGUCAGCCGCCCGCGCCCCUGCUCAGCCGGCCGCGCCCUCGGCGCAGCCAGCGGACGGCAGCGGCGCCAGUUCGCCCGCGGCGACCCCGCAGCGCUCGGGCCGGAGCCAGCCAGGGAAGAAGCGUGGCAGCGGCGGUUCGUGGGCCGCGCCCCUGCGCGCCCAGCCGCCCGAUGACUCCGACGAGGACGGCGAGCAGCCGGGCGAGCCAGCGCCUCUCGAGGACGGCUCCGCGGCGAAGAAGAGGGGGCGGAAGCCCCUCGAAUUCAGCCUCACAGCGGCCGGCAGGAAACUCAAGGGCGAGGCCGACACGCUCUUCAACACGUUCCGGGAGUCUCACAAAUUGCUCGACUUCAGCGGAGAUGUGGACCUGUCCACGAAGGAGGGGAGAGCGGACUUCAAGGCCACGGCUUUUGAGCAGGCGGCAGCCGCAGAGAGCGCCAUCCACACGGCCAAGAAGGCGGCGGCCAAGAUGGGGAAGAUCCCGGAUGACGGCGCGCAGGCGCUGCAGAUCAACAAGGCAUGGCUCGCGCGCUCAGAGGGGGCGCUGGCCGCGGCAGUGCGGGUCGUCAAGGCUGCUGUGCGCGAGAAGCCAGGCAACACCGAGACUCUCCUGAAAGACGCCGAGACCGCCGCGGCGGAGGACAUCGCGUUCGGCGUGGCGCACCACAUGCGGUUCAGGAGCUGGAAGGCAGACGAGGCUAUCAAGCGUUGCGAUUGGCUACAGCUGAUGCCCCUGUUGGAAAGCGGGGCUGCAGAUGGCGCGCCCUCGGCAGAUCUCGCGACGACGACCCUCGAGCGAGUCGGCGCGGGCCUGAUUUCGACCGUCGCGAAGUCGGGCGCCAAGAAGGGGGGCGGAUCGUUUGCUGCCGUGGUGGAGGACGCGCUGGAGGCGCCCCCGCAGCUGGAGGGGGCCUUGGGCGUCGCUUUGAACACGAGCCCGGGCGGCAAUGUCCUCGCGGGUUGGGCGGAGCCGGCCAUGAAGAAGCGGCCCCGCGAGGAGGCUGCUCUCCAGUGCGCCCAGGCUGCCCGGGAGCUCUUCGCGCAGGUGACGGGCCAUGCCGCCGGGGAACAGUGGCAGAACUGGACCGAGGAGGUGCCGCGCGCCUGCAAGAAGCAGAAGGAGGCCUUGUCCAAGGCGGGCGCGCUGCAGGAGGAGCUCCUGACUGCCGCGUGCGUCGAGCGGCUGGAGUUGGAGCACGGCUGGUCGACCGUCGAGGAGUGGGCGCCUGAUGGCAUCAAGGGCCUCCACGAGACCGCCCUCGGGGCAUUGAAGAAGGUCGCCGACGUCGCCGCGCGCAGCCGUCUCGACGUACCUGGGACGAAGCAGCCAGUGAAGACAGCCAGUCGGUUGCGCGACCUCUUGAAGGAGAGCCCCGAGGCGUUGUUGAAGGUCUCUGGCGUGACAGUGUCUGCGGAAGACAACUUAGAGGGGCUGCAGUCGCUGUUCUCCCUCGCGCUGGGCACGGCGGCGCGCGCGCGCAGGGCCUUGGGCCACAGCGUUCUGGCCAGAGCCAAGGGUGCAGCAGAACAGUCUCUGAAGCGCGUGGACUCGGCGGCGUGGCAACGGAAGGAAUUGCAGGCCUUCUUGAAUAUCUCCAAGCUGCUGAGCGCGGAGCCGCCCGAGGACACCUGGAAGGAAGCGGACGUGUGGCUGUGCAGCGUCGCGGCCGUCGCCGACGCCAAGGAGCUUGCCAAGCAGGCCGGGGGCGAGCUGAACCUGGAGCUGUGGGAGAACGCGAGCGACGCCGUGCGUCAGCUCGGGGACAUGGUGCAGCCGGAGCGCGCCUUCCAGACGGUCAUCGCGAAGACUUUCGACGCUUCUGUGGAAGAUGUGGAGGCAGCAGUGGGGGCCAGCAAGGAGCUGCACGCGCAGGCCGUGCCAUGGCUGGAGAAAGUCGCGCAGGAGCGGGCUGAACGCUCCGUCAAGCGGUUCGACGCCGAGCCAGCCGUGCGCGCCGCGAAGGAGCUUCUUGAGAGGAGCCCCAUCCCCGAGACGCUGCAGGAAGCGGCCGAGUUCUUAAAGGUUGUCGGUGGCACCGUGGACAUGCCGGAGACCUUCGGCGGCAAGGGUGGGAAGAUGGUUGAUGCUGUCAACAAGGUGAUCGGUGGCUUCUCUCUCAUAAAGGAGGUGUACCGCGACCCCCAUCUUGAGUCGCAGGUGGACUCCAUGACGUCACAGUUGCGACAGCGGCUCUUCCUGGUCGCCUGGUGCGCGAACGUGACGUCGUCGAUUUGGGAGGCGAAAGGCCAGUCGAGGAUUCUGACCCAGCAGAAGCAGAAGGUCCGCGAUGCCAUGAAGAACCUCAUCAGCGUCGCAGAGGAGUCUGACAAGACGAAGGAGGAGUUUCCCGCGCUCGAGGGCCGCCUGAUCCCCGAGAUCCCUCUGAACGCGGGGAAGGCGAUCCUCGCCGGCCGCGCAGUGAGCGGGGAGAGCGAGGCGGAGGGCGCCAGCGGUGCAGCAGACAGCGCGCCUGGGAGCGGGGCCGGCGGCACUGACCAGAAAGGGUGCGCCCGGGCUGCGCCCGGGGCCGCCGAGAGGGCCAGGGUGGGCGACGCGGCGUCGUUUCCAAAGGCGACGCCGCAUUCCCCAGCGGUUCUGGCGGCGAAGAGAGCCAGCAUUGGCCGCCUCGGCGCGCGGCCCGCUUCGGCGCGGCUGAUGGCCCCGAAAAAACUGCCGAAGCUCCCGGGUGGGAGCCGCUGGGGGCGCCUCGACCUGGGCAACUUCGUGGCGCCUGCGGCGGCGCGGGCCAGCACUGUAGCAGGCUCGUCGCCGCUCCGAGCGCGCCUAUCCAGGCAGGCGCCGUCGUCCAUCGCCAGCGGGGCCGAGAAGAGGCCGGCCGAGGCGCCGGCCUCGAGUGCGGGUAAGAGGGCGGCCGCGGCCUCCGCUCUUCGGCGGCCGGCGGCCGCUUCGAGUGCCAGGGAAGCCGCGGAGGCGGCUGUGACAGCGGGCGAGGAGGAAGCUCGAGGGCCGCUGGAAGGUUUGCCGGAAGCUGGCGCUGCUGGGCGCGCCGAAGACGACGCCUCGGCAGACCCCGUGCGUCGCGAGGGCGCCGCUGGCGGCGGCGACCGAGAGGGUCGGGCAGCGAGCGAGGAGCGCGGCAAGGCGUCGUCGGAAGUAGAGGCCGACGCGGCGGCCGCGGACGUGGAGGCGGAGGCUGACGACCUGCGCCAGCUUGCCGAGGAGAGCGGCGGCGACGGCGGCGAGCUCGGAGAGGAGGAGCAGCCGCGCGAGGAAGACCCCGAGGUCAUCGGAGAUGACUGGUUGCCAGCUUGGCCAGCCCCGAAGGCGAUCGAUGCAGCCGCGGUUGCUAGUGGACAUGCGCUGCGAUUCUUCGGGGAGUGGGUGGACGCCUAUAUGCCCCCCGUCCUCAAAGAGCACGCCGCGUACGUCACGGAAUCGAUGCCCCAGGCGCUCUCGGUGGCGGCGUUUGGCGGCGGAAUGCUCGUCGCGGCGCCCGUGCACACGGAAUUGCAGAGGGUGUUCCAGAAGCACGGUCUCUUGUCGGAGGGUUUUCGCAUCGCUGCCCACUGCCGCACGGACGCGGCUAAGAGCACCAUGGCGAAUCAGCGCGCUGAAGUGUUCGCGAGGAGGAUUUGCAGCUGCCCCUUGGCGUUCGGUACUCUGCAUCUGCCAGCCCACCGCCGGCUGACCUCGGUGCCCGAAAACAGUGUCGGCCAGAUGUGGUGCCAGACGCCCGCUGCCACGACCCCGUGCGACGACGAGGUGGCCUGCAUGCCCAUCGGCAUGAUCUGCUACCCGAAGCUCGGGAGGGAGGCUCCCGGCGGCGGCGCCGACCGCCGCCUCUCAUGGCCCAGGGAGGUGGCGAAAGCUGGUGGCCCCGCCGCCUGGAACCGGCGGCCCGAGCUGGCUCCACUGGUGGAGAUGCUCGGCGGCAUGGCGGAUGUCAAGAGCGCGGACGACGCGCUCGCGAGGGUGAGAUCGAUGAUCCAGUUGGACCACCACCUCUGGGCGCACUUGUGGAUGAAGGCGCUGCACGCCAAGAGCCUGGACAUCUAUUACGAGACGAUCCUGAGGCAGCCGUCCCUGAUGCUGCCGGUCAUGUACACGCCAACGGUGGGGGAGGUGUGCCAGAAGUACGGGAUGCUGCCCUUCAGCAGGCGCGGUUGCUAUCUCUCUGUGGCCGACCGCGGGCGUGCCCGGGAGGUCCUGGACGAAUACGCGCGGGCGGAGUUGGAGCAUGUCGAGGGGCGGCCGGUCUGCGAUUGCAUCGUCUUCUCCGAUGGGGGCCGGAUCCUCGGCUUGGGCGACCUCGGCGCCUGGGGCAUGGGCAUUCCCGUGGGCAAGCUCGACCUCUACACGGUCUGCGGUGGGGUCAGCCCGCACCGCGUCAUUCCGCUCAUCAUCGACGCGGGCUGCGGUGAUUCUUCCAAGAACACGGACAAGCUGGAGAUCCGCGAGCACCCCCUGUACACGGGGCUGAAACAGGACCGCAACCUGGAGAAGUCCGCUGCCGGCACGAUGGUCAAUUCUUGCUACUACGGACAGGGAAACAUUAUCCAGGAACUCUUCGUGGCGGCCACCGACCUGUUCGGAGACACUUGCCUUUUGCAGUUCGAGGACUUCAACUCCAACGACGCAUUCCCGCUCCUCGCCGAGUAUCGGGAGAAGUAUUUGACUUACAACGACGACAUCCAGGGCACCGCGGCAGUAGCCGUUGCUGGUAUCAUGGGAGCUAUUAAGAUCAAACAUCCCGAUUGCGCUGACCUAAUCGGCGCGCUGAGGAAGGAGACGUUCCUCUUCUUCGGCGCGGGAUCCGCCAACAUUGGCGCCGCAAAUCUGCUCCUUAACGAGGGCGGAGUUGAGAAACACCGUGUGCUGAUCUGCGGUUCCAAGGGCCUCAUUUGGGUGUCCCAGGAUGGGUCUCAGGGCGUGUUCAAGAACGAGGAGCAGAAGGCCCUUGCGUACAAGGGCAAACCCAAGUUCGCGUGCGGGAGCCUCGUCGACGUGAUCCGCGCAGUGAAGCCUACAGUCUUGGUCGGUGCCGUGGGUGUCUCCCCGAACUGUUUCACCAAGGAGGUCGUCGACGGGAUGAUGAAGAGUGUCGGGAGCGGGGGGCGGCCCAUCAUUUUUGCUCUCUCGAACCCGAAGUCCCAAUCAGAGAUCACGGCAGUGGAUUGCUAUCGAUGGUCGAGCGGGGCUGCCAUCUUCGGAUCUGGGACCCACUUCGAUGCUGUCGAGGUCGGGGGGAAGAGGCAAUCGCCUGGGCAGGUAAAUAACGUGUAUAUUUUCCCUGGUAUGUCCUUCGGCGCCAUUUGCUGCCAAGCGAGGACCAUCCCAGAAAGGUUCUUUUUAGUGGCCGCAGAGGCAGUGGCGAACAGCCUGAGUCAGCAGGACUUCGACGAGGGCCGAGUAAUCCCUCAUCGGGACCAAGUGCAGCUUGUGAACCUCAAUGUCGCCACCGCCGUGGUACUGGAGGCGCAAAAGAUGUCCCUGGCGCGACGGGCGCUUGGCGCAGAUGCGGAUUCGGUGAGGGCCACGCUGGAGGGGAUGAUGUGGAAGCCAG